AUGGAGAUGCGGAGUCGUGCCCUGGAAGAGAUGGGGCUCUGCCGGCAUGCCCCAGACGUGCGGUGGCUACUUCUGGGAUCAAGCUGCAAGCCUUAUUUGAACUGUCCUCUCUGGGUCCCCGUGGCCUUCUUCGUGGUGGAUCGCGUGGCUUCUCUGUCUACGCUGAUCUGGCUCGCACAGCUUGACGGAAGGCCGAGGCGCAGGAACUCAUCGGAGCAUUUCGUUUUCCACUCCUUGGACCCGGGAGACCGGGUUUGGUUCCCUGAGCCCUUCGAGCCCGCCGCGGAGGACAAAGCCAGCCUCCACAGCAUCUGGGACAGCAUGGCACGGGCGUAUGCAGGAGACAAUGUCGACAGGCUUGUGCGGCAAUGGCUCUACCCCGAGUUCGCAGCAGUCGGCGUCAGCCGACAGCAUGCGCGGAACUUGACUGAACGCUUUCUGUCCCGGUACUUCUCCGGCUUCGGGGAGAUGAGCUUGGGGAGGCGCUUGAUGCUGCCCAAGCACUUGUGCCCGACCUGCUGCCAGCACGGCAUCGGACGCCUGCGGGUGAUGCUGGUGCGCAAUCCCUUCGAGAGGCUCGUAUCUUUCUUUCGACUCAGGUGGUUGGGCUCAGUGGACAAGCGAAGCAAUCGUUGGGAGGACUUCGCUACGUAUGUGCGGUAUGUGAGCCAGGUCUUCAACCAGACAGACGCAUAUCGAAGCCUGCCCACCGAAUUCAGCCACGGCGCACUGCUGCCCAACAACCGCCAUGAGUUUGAGCAGGAAGACCUCCUCCACACCCGGGCGGUGACGGAGUGGUUGGCCUCUGCGCAGCCACCACUCAACGCAUCGGAUUUCUUCCACAUCAAGGUGGAGGAGCUGGGCAGGGGUAUGCUGGAGCUCUCCCGUCGGCUCUGUCUUCGUUUGAACUACUGUCUGCCUCUGCCGGAGAUGCCCAAGGUGAACUCCUUCUCCAAGGCCAUCCCAGCGAGGGUUUGGGCCAACUGCUGGCGCGGUGGGGCAGCUUUGCAGGCUUACCACCGGUAUCGAACCGACUUCCAGGAGCUGGGCUACUCUCCCUACUCCUGGAACGCCCCGUCCGCGCGCAAGGGGAGAAGAAGUUCGGUCAAAGAGCGCGGGUUGAGGAUAGCGGUUCGCGAGGUUUUUGGAACUGAGGUGUACCCCCAGUGGCUCAUCCCUCAGGGCCUCGUGAGUCAAUAG